UGAGCUAGCUUUGACUCAAACGUCCUUUGGGUGGAUCAUGCUCCAAACAGAAAGAAAGACCAUCGAGCGCGCGCAGCAUCCCGACGACAACGCGUGUUCGCGCGCUGCGAGAGAAGGGAGGGAGAGGAGGAGAAAGAGUGAGAGAGGAGAUUGGGGGGGACAGAGAUAGGGUAGUAAAAAUGAUGGCGACCGAUUCAGUGGAGAUAAGAAACCAAACGAGCCCCUGUCCCAUCCCUGACAACAGUCUCAGCACUCUGUCCAUCAAAAUAACGCGGAAAAACCAGGACAGACACUGGAAGUUGCGGUUUAUUUAUCUGCAGUGCUACUUUUUGACCAUUGCAACAAUACUGGGAACUGGAAUCUUAGGUCUUCCAGUAACGAUAGCCCAUGCUGGACUGGUGCCUUUCCUGUUCUCCUUUAUUGUUGGCUUCUUUGUCCAGGCCUUGCUGAUCUACCUGUUUGUGGAGCUUCUUCAGAAAUGUCAGGUGAUGCAGCUGGAAUCCUUAAAGACAGGUGUUGCAGAGUGUAUAGUCAUGGAUCAGGUGGGUGUGGAGGAUCCAGUUCAUACUGAGGAAGAAGAUGAUGACAGUGAAAAUGCAGAAGCAGAUACAGGUUUACUACAGCCGGAUGGAGCAGCUCUGCAUGACCAAGCCGGCAGUCUGCAGCCGAACCUUCAUCUGCUUGGGCGAAUCUUCCUCUCCCGCCCCAUGAGCCAUGCUUUUAACUGCAUUCUCCUCUUCCAAUUCAUUUCAAUUGGAAUUAGUUAUGUCUUAGCUGGCAGUGAGGCCUACGCUGCACUUCUUAAUGUCAGCCACAUCUAUGUGAUCCCAGUCUUCACCUGGACCCUGACUCUUGCUAUUUUACUGGCCCACACAGUUAUUCAGCCAAUCACUUCAGUGCUCACCCUCCUGAAAGGAAUCCUCCUCAUUGUCACGGUGGCUGUGACAUUUGCAGUGGGGUCAGAGGUCGGCCUUCAGAGCAGCAGUGACUUCAGUCAGAUGGGAAAACCUUUCCUAAUGGGCACAGUGGCUCUGGGUGGGAUUGUAAACGUGAUGCCUCUGCUUUUCUCACAGAUCUCACACAACAGAACACAGAUCCUGUGGUUUCGGAGAGCAGUGAUUGGAGGUCUGACAACCUGCACUGUGCUCAACAUCCUCUGGUGCUGGGCAGUGCUGGAAAUUGUCCCGCAGACAUCAUUCCCAGAGAGGAGGAUGACACCGGAAACAACAACAACCAGGCCUGACUACAGCAGCCCCUCUGGUCCUCCAUCCUCAGUCUCCUCACAGAAAUACUCUAACAUCUCGCUAGAAGAGUCAGAAAAAGCAGGAGAGAUUGCCACUAUUCCACUGACUAAGAUCAUUAAUGAACGUUACAGGGCUUAUUCAUGGGUGGCUGAGCUGAUCCAGGUGUUUAUAGCCAUCAGCGUCACUGUGUCCUUCCUGGUUAUGGGAUCUGCUAUGAAGCACACCAUCGAUGGUCUGGUGAGCUCACUGUGGAGCAGCAAGCUGGAGUGGCUGACUAAAGCCUGGGAGCCAAAGUUGCCAAAUAAACAGCACAUCUGCUCAGCAAGAAGCGUGGCCAAAGGAUUCAUGUCACUGCUCGGGUUCGUUGUCAUCUUUAUUGUGUCGGUGUGUGAUCCCAGGGGUUUUGUUGUCAUGUUGGACAAAGUUGUGUCGUUCUCCCUCAACACUGAAGUGGGACUGUUUGUCUUCAUCAUGCUGAGAGAAUGCAGAGAGGACAGAUUCCAACAGCUUGCCAUCCCUCUGCCACUGGGCGACUGCGUGUUCAGCCUCAGCUGGCUGCUGCCCACCUACUUCCUGUUUGCAGUAACCUACGACGUCCUGCAGACCCUGGCGGAUCUGGCGCAUUAUCUGCAUUUCUACAACCACGAUCAGGAGCCACACAUUUACAAUCUGACGGGGAGUUUAGCAGCAGCCAAUCUCUCCACCCUCCUCUGAUCUAAGCAGCUAGUUAAGGCACAAACUGGUAGGAGUUAAAAUUGCCAAAAUGACAAGCUUCGCACCUUUGUUUGUUUGUUUUUAUUUGUGCACUGCACUUUCCCAAAAACCGUGUACGUAACAAUCUAACAGUCAGCUGAAGAGGGCUCUCUUUUGUUAUCUCACGGUGGCCGUCCUUGCUCAAGUUGGCGACACAGUAGAGAUCAAAAUUUCAGACUGUUUUUUUUCCUUUCAGUGGCCUUCAUGGCAUAUUAGCUGUAGAUUUAGGACUCAUCUAGGAAGGAAAUAAGGAAGUGUGGACCCAGUGUGUAACUAAAGUGAUCAAAGUUAGAUAAAAGUUUUUGUUGCUAUAAAAUAAUAGACAUCUAAAAAUUACAUUCCUGAUGAUCAAGAACUGCAGAAGCCGUCUUAAUUGGAGCGGCUGGCAGAUCUGCAGCGUGGAUGUUACCAAUUCCACGACUGCUCCGUUUGAUUUCGUCCCGCUGUUUCUUCAUCUCGUCCUCAGUCUGCUAACCGUAGUGGAUUUCUUAGCCAUAGCAUUGUCCUCAGCAGUCAACCGGAGAUUCUCGAUUGGGUUUAGUUCAGGAUUCAGGGUUUGCCAUUUCAUUAUUUCAGGCUUAACAGCUGCAAGGAAGUGCUUUCCCGGUUCUGCAGAGUGAUUACGGAGCAUUGUCUUGCAUAAAUAUUGUUGGCUGAUUAGACGCUGAUGUCAGGGAGGGAAUAAUCUGUGUUGAAGGAGCUUCAUCGGGACAUUAGCAUUCACCUUGCUGAGGGGAUGUGUAAGAGGCUCAAACUUUGCAGCAGAAAACAUCCACCAAACCAUUAACCUCCCUCCUCCAAACUUAACUGGCUUCUUCACACUGGUGUGGGUGCAUUUGUUUUCCAGUUUUAGUGCAGAACAUGAUGCUUGCUGUGUGAACUUAUUAUUAUACCAGUUCCUCUGUGUCCACGUGAUCUGUUCCUCUGCAGAUUUCAGUAUACGCUUUUGAUUUCUCCUGUUUCAUGAUUGGUUUGGUCCCUGCGGGCUUUCAGUCUGAUUUCUGUAUACCGAGAAAGGACCUUACACCUUUUCAGCCGAGAAUCGGCAUCAGUGUUGAAUCAAAUCUGUACUAAGACUUUUCUCCUCUUCUCCUUCGGCUUGUAUAGACGGCCAGCAUUUUAGAGGUAAACUGUUUGAAUAUUCUAGCAGUCAGAGGAGCCGGUUGUCCAAAGAGCACUAAUACAUUCAGCCUCCACUUGAACCACAGCCAUCAACAACCAGCAGCUCCCCAUCUUUCAAAAUGAUUGUUCUCUAUUUUUAUGGGGGUCUGUCAGAUCCCAAAGCGUUCUCUAGUUUUGAUCACAGUUCCUUCAGAAAUUCUCAUGAAAGUUUUUUUUUGCAGUUUUGUUGUACAGUAUUUUCAGCGUUUUCAAAUUCGACACUAUGCCUCAAUGACAUAUUUUUAUUAGUGUUAGGGUAACUUUAAAUUUGAAUUGUUACAGCCUUGACUUUAUUCUCUAAUUUUGGUCUCUACUGUACAAUAGUGCCAUUUUUCUGGGUGUGCUUAGUUCGUAUUGAGUCGAUUUCUCUUAACUCUCAUUUUGAGUGUUUUAUACAGCCUUUUAACCAGGCUGCAGCCAGUCUGUGUGAUGGGUAGAGCACAGACUAACUGGGUAAUAUUUAGAUUGGAAAUCAGAUUAAUGUUCAAAAAGCGAGAGACAGAUUAAAUCCUACUGAGAUGAAACAUUUCAGCGUGCUUAGUUUUUUGCAUCCAGUCUGACGGUAAAUACACUUUGAAAUUCUUAGUGCUGUGCAAACGUUUCAAGCAAGUAAAGUGAGGAUAGUUUGCAGUUAUCAGCUGUUAACGUUUUACAGAUUGUGAAGUAGGGCGAAACCUAAAUCAAAUCAGUGCUUUGCCUUUUAAAUCAGCACCAGUUCAUGUCGGUACACUUGCACAAAGUUCUUUUAAGUCAUUUGGAAGGCAGGUUGUUCCAGGAAUCCCAACAGUUCUCAUGUGGAUUUCCUCUGCCUGUGUCUUCUGUCUCUUCAUGUAAUCCCAGACUCACUCCAUGAUGUAGAGAUCAGAGUUCUGUGGGUGUUACACCAUAUGUUACAGGACUUCUUGUUCUUGUUGUGGCUGAAGUUAGUUUUUCAUGACUGGCUGUUGCGAGACAUCUUCAUGCUGUAUGAUGAAUCUGGGCUGCUUUGCUGUAUAUGCUGUCUGAUAAAUGGGACUAAACAUCAGAAACUUCUGCACAGUACUAUUUAUUACUUUGUUAUAGAUUUACUCCUUAACGCCUUAUGCAGAGUAUAAAAAUGGCAUUUAUUUAAACAGUAAUGUAUAAUAGUCGAGUAAGUUAUAUAGUUACGACAUAGGCAGAUCUCUUCUUCAGGGUUUUUCAGCCUUUGCUGCAGUCUACAUUAUUUUCAUACUAAUAAUAUUGCAGUGCACACACAGGCACACGCACACACAAUUAGGGCUGAACGAUUAUGGAAAAUAAUCUAAUUGCGAUU